UGGAUAAAUUUGAAACGGUGAUUACAGAUUCAACGAAACGAUAUAAAAAAAAAGUGACAAACCUCAGAUCGAACGCGGAUGAAAUAUCCGUAUUAGAAUCGAAUCGAGUAAAUGAUUUUUAUCGUUUCAUCGACAAUCGGCGCAAAUGACAGACGCUUUGAUAAUUGUUAUACCAUACAUACAACGCGAGGAACGAACGUGACUGCAUCUCCCCAGCUCGUAUUACACAUAUAUCUACAUAUACACGCACACCAGUACAGAAAAGUCAAUUAUACGAGGACAAAACGAAACGAGAUUAAGAAUCUGAUAAUUGUCCUAGUACCCGAACGAGGCCCAGCCUCAUGUGCGCCAAGUUCCUUUUUCCGUAUCCGUUCCUUUGGCCUUUUUUACUUUCCUUUUCAUUUUACCUUCCCUUUGUAUUUAAUCGGCACCGGCGAUCUUUGUCGGUAACGAAAUUGCGCCGACGAACACGUCUACGCGGAGCGCGCGGGUUACACGAACGAAUAUCCCACAAUGCGAUCAUGUUUAUUUUACGUUUGUAACAAACGGCGACAAUUUCUCGCCCUUGAACCUGUGGCGAGACCGUAAAGAAUGGCUCAUUAUUGCGGCCGAUAGCUGGUUAUAGACUAUAUAAGAGAACGCCUCUCAUAUCAGCCGCCCGCAGUACCAAUCCAAUCGCGCAUUAUUCCGAAUAGCACAAUAAACCAACCCGGUUAGCUCGCGAUUGUUAUUGAUGCAUUUCGUUUUACCUCGCGUCAAUUGAAUCGUUGGAUCCGUUGAGGCGACCGGAAGUCCGAGGGUAAUAAAAUAGGCGAGGAUCGAUUCGUUGGAGUGGAAGUGAAAAUUGUUCACCUUUUUUUUUGCCCGUUGCCCGUCGUUACAUUGGUCGGUUAUUUUUCGCCUGCGAGAGCGUCGUCGAUUCCGCACCGUUAAAAUGGAGGCCCUUCUCAUCUCGAAAAUUCAGAACGCGAGGAUCGACGAUAGAGAGAAUGAAAAAGGACGAACUGGUUUCGCCAAGGAUGCUCCGAGGAUAUCCAGAUACUCGCUGGCCGACAACGACUCCAGCGGAGGGGUGAUGGACUACCACCUCCGGACGAUCGGCCGUGAUGACAAAGAAACGGUAUUGAAAUUUCUCAGGCGAUUUUUCUUCAGAGACGAGCCACUCAAUCAAUCGAUCGGACUGAUUCCCGAGGGGGAGGACAGCACGUGCGUCGAACUGGAGGAGUACAGCAUGUCGAGCAUAGACGACAACCUCAGUCUGAUGGCAGUUUCCUCUUCCGGCGCGAUCAUAGGAGUCACGAUAAACGGUGAGAUGGAGCCUCCGAAGGAGGGGGAACCGGAUUACGUAAAGAACUGCGCGAAUCCGAAAUUCAAAAAGAUUUUGAAACUCUUGAAUCACGUGGACGCCCAGGCCAACUUGUCGAAGAGGUACCCGGACAAAAGGGUCCUGGAAUUCAGGAUAAUAUCCGUCGACGGAUCGUGGAGGGGCAGAGGGGUGGCUAGAGCCCUCGUAGAAAAAACCGAGACGAUGGCGAAGGACCUGGGCUUCCAUAUUUUGAGAUCGGACUGCAGUUCGUUAUUUUCGGGUAAGCUCUGUCAGCGAUUCGGGUUCGUACCGGUCUACGAAUUGCCGUACGCCAGAUACACGGACGGCGAGGGAAAGCCGAUUUUCACGCCGGCUCAUCCGCAUGCGGAAAUCGUCACAUACGUCAAAGAGCUCUGAGAGCCCGAUCCGCAGAUUUGACGACGUCGCUUCCAAUGGACGGGAUAAAUUGAGAGAGAAAAAAAGAGAAAAACAGAAAGCAAUUACCGAUAUUGAUCAUCGGUGCAUAGCUAUAGACUACCGAAAAAUAUUUAUUUCAAUGUAAAUCGUGAUAAUUAUUAACUUUAAUUACUCUAAUUAAAAAGAAAAAAAUUAAGUUUAAACGAGUACUGUAUGUGAGAAAAAUAUUGUUCGAUUUUUUGAAUUUUAAUUCUUUUAUUUGUCUUGUUGUUUUUUUCUCGCUCUCCAGAUUAUCAUACACGCGAACAUGAUUUGUACUGCGUGUAUAUUCAAAAUAUUCUUCUAGAUGUAUAUUUAUUUAUUUUUGUUUUUUUUUCAUUUUUUUUUUUUUUUUUAAAUCUUUUUUCUUCUU